UAUUAUUGAUCUACAUUGUACGCUCUUCUAUCAGCGCCAAAUAUGAACUCAGGCUCGGCUUGUAUAAAUAAUAUGGAGCCUCACAUAGUAUGACUUGUGGAAAGAGCGCUCCAUCUUAUGAUUUCCUAGAUCUCGUCAACCAUCUUUUCGGAUAAAGCUUACCUCAGUGUUAGACCAACAUUGUUUGCGGGUACUACAAUUAGCCACACGUAAAUAGGCACAGUAACUUCUACCAUGGCACCCCGUUUGACCCGUAUACAGGAUUGUGGGUGGACUUCUGCUGAUGUCCCCGAAAUCAAACACAAGGAGGCACCAGCCGAAUUACGGGAUUCUGUGGGUAUCUCACUCUCUUAUAGUCCAGAGAACCUUCUCAGUGCCUUUAUCUCAGAAUAUCAGUGCUCUCUCAGCCUUUCACAUAGCAUCAUAACGCUCCUCAAUGCCAGUUGGCUGGUCACUGUACGCUGCUUCUCUCCGGCCCAGGACGUUUACCUGGGUCUGCAUUCGCCCAACAUCUACUUCAUCACCAGAUUAGCACAAAGGGCAGGUCGCCCAGUCAAAAAUCUAGUGCGAGAUGUUUCCCUCCUUCAGUCUGGGGCGACGUCACAGAUGGCAGUGGGCGACCAUCCUUCUGACGAGGCGUCGGAGAAAUUUCUGACGACCACGAUUUGCUACGCAGAUGCAUUAUCUGCCAUGACAGAGGGAUCAAGCAAUAGAAAUCUGAAAACAGGACACAUCAAUUCCAAGCUCUUCCUGGGCAUCUCGCAAGCAAAUGGAGAGCUCCAAGCCAAGCUCACCUUCUCUGUCUCCGACAUCUCUAGAGACCUUGCACUUAGUAUAUUGCAUACCUUCAAUAUGGCCAUCAGGACUGUGCUUUCAUCUCCAUUACAAUCCCUGGGAGAGUUAGGUCUGUGCUCAAAACAUGAUCGCCAGUUGUUGCAAAAAUAUACUGGGAGUGUAUCCGAACCCUAUGAAGUGCUGCUGCACGACUUAGCCUUGCAGCAUGCAAAGCUAACCCCUGAUGCUCCGGCUGUCCAUUCCUGGGAUGGUGACCUGACCUAUGCACAGCUGGAUGAUGCCACCUCCCGACUAGGACAGUUUCUGGCCAAUAUGGAUGUAGGCCCGGGAACCUUUGUAAUCAGCUGUUUUGAGAAGUCUACAUGGGCAAUUGUUGCCCGCCUGGCCAUAUUGAAAGCUGGCGCCGCAUAUAUCUCUGUUGACGCGACAGAUCCGCCCAUUUACCUUGAGAAUGUGAUUCGUCGCGUGAAUGCAAAAAUAAUCCUCACCUCUGAGGCUUAUCAGUCCAGAUACACUCCUUUUGUCCCGUCCAUCAUUGCAGUUACACCAGAAAUGGUACGAGCUCUUCCUGUCAGCACUAGCAUCAUCUGUCCCCUGGUAAAGCCAAGUGAUGCCUGUCUCAUCCUGUUCACUUCUGGGAGUACUGGAGAGCCAAAAGGGAUUAUCCAAGAGCAUCGAGCGUAUGCUACGGCGGUCCGGGAUUACAACAAAUUGCUUGGAAUCAGCCGACACAGCCGCGUGCUACAAUUUGAUGAUUACGCGUUUGAUAUCAGCAAUAAUGACUAUUUGACCACCCUCACUGCUGGUGGAUGCUGCUGUGUUCACGCACCGAGCAAGUCUAUAUCUACUCUCGUGGAGGACAUCAACGCCCUUCAAGUUAACAUGACCUUUCUGACCCCGACUAUCGCCGCUCAGAUUUCCCCGCAGGAUGUGCCAACGUUGGAGUUGGUCUGCCUUGGUGGUGAGCCGAUGUCAAACGAGCUCCUGAUGAGAUGGGGGCCUCGUGUGAGACUGGUGAAUCAGUAUGGGAUGGGGGAGGCUGCCACCUUCUGCGCUUAUAACGAUGAACUCCAACCUGGCCAGAAUGCUAUCGUCGGGCGCAGCGGGAGCGGAGCCAUUUGGAUAACAAGUCCGGAAUCUCCAGAGCUCCUUAUGCCCGUCGGGGCUCUUGGUGAGAUACUUAUUGAAGGCCCCCACUUGGCCCGAGGAUACCUGGAUGGUGCCUGCCAGAAGCCUGGCGUUGGAUUCCUACCACAUGCACCAGCCUGGCUGAAAGAUCUCCACCCGUCUCGGGCAGCCACAUCGAGGUUCUAUCGCUCUGGAGACCUGGGGAGAUAUACACAUGCCGGCACCGUGGAACAUAUGGGCCGCAAGGACACCCUCCUCAAAAUUAAUGGUUAUCGAGUCGAAGCCACCGAGGUCGAGUACAUCCUCCGUAGGUCGUUGGGCCAUGGGGACGCGGUCAUCGUGGACCUGCUUGGCGAGAUCGAUGGCCCACGAGAGCCGUUUCUAGUCGCUUUCCUGUGGUUGACUAACAGUGAGGACCAUGUCGUCCCCGUUGCUUCUAACAACUCGGUCGAGUUUCUCCCGGUCACCAGUCACCAUUCGGCUCAUAAAUUGGUGCAGAGAAUGAAAGCUGAGGUCGUGGCUGCGCUUCCCGUUCACAAGAUACCGGAAUACUUUAUUCUCGUCAGUCAGAUUCCCAAAACCAGGUCCAAUAAAACUGACCGCCGCAAAUUGCACCAUCUCGCGCAGAAGUCGUACUUGUCGGGGGUUCUAGGUAAGAUCUGCAACAAAUAAGGGGUACCUCGAUCCUCAUUGAUUACAUGUGAAUUUGCAUAUGCCACUCAGUUUGUAGCUAUGAG